AUGCUGGCAGCCCGGACCGGGACGGCAGGGAGUCAGAUCUUGGAAGAGAACCCCAAGUUAAGGAAACUAUCUGGGCUUCCCAUAGGGAGCAAAGACAAAUCUCCCAAGAAAGCUUCAGAAAAUGGGAAAGACAGCAGCCUCAGCCCCUCGGGGCAAACCCAACUCAGGGCUCGGCAACUGGCUCUGGUGCGGGAAGUGGAGAUGAACUGGUACCUAAAACUCUGGGAGCUGUCCAGUGAGCACACCACCGCCUACACCACCGGCAUGCCUCACAGGAAUCUUGGAAAAUCAGGACUCAGAGUUUCUUGCUUGGGUCUUGGAACAUGGGUGACAUUUGGAGGUCAAAUUUCAGAUGAGGUUGCUGAACGGCUGAUGACAAUUGCCUACGAGAGUGGAGUGAAUCUCUUUGAUACGGCUGAGGUCUACGCCGCUGGAAAGGCUGAAGUGAUUCUGGGGAGCAUUAUCAAGAAGAAAGGCUGGAGGAGGUCCAGCCUGGUCAUAACAACCAAACUGUACUGGGGUGGAAAAGCUGAGACGGAAAGAGGGUUGUCAAGAAAACAUAUUAUUGAAGGACUGAAGGGCUCCCUCCAGAGGCUGCAGCUCGAGUAUGUGGAUGUAGUCUUCGCAAAUCGACCAGACAGUAACACCCCUAUGGAAGAAAUCGUUCGAGCCAUGACACAUGUGAUAAACCAAGGAAUGGCAAUGUACUGGGGAACCUCCCGCUGGAGUGCCAUGGAGAUCAUGGAAGCCUACUCUGUAGCAAGACAAUUCAACAUGAUCCCACCAGUCUGUGAACAAGCUGAGUACCAUCUUUUCCAGAGAGAGAAAGUGGAGGUUCAGUUACCAGAGCUCUACCAUAAAAUAGGCGUCGGAGCGAUGACAUGGUCUCCACUGGCCUGUGGCAUCAUCUCAGGAAAAUAUGGAAACGGGGUGCCUGAAAGCUCCAGGGCUUCACUGAAGUGCUACCAGUGGUUGAAGGAAAGGAUUGUGAGUGAAGAAGGGAGAAAACAGCAAAACAAGCUGAAAGACCUUUCCCCGAUUGCGGAGCGUCUGGGAUGCACGCUACCUCAGCUAGCCGUGGCGUGGUGCUUGAGAAACGAGGGUGUGAGUUCCGUGCUCCUGGGAUCAUCCACUCCUGAACAACUCAUUGAAAACCUCGGUGCCAUUCAGGUUCUCCCAAAGAUGACAUCACACGUGGUAAAUGAGAUCGAUAACAUAUUGCGCAACAAGCCCUACAGCAAAAAGGACUAUAGAUCAUAAGGCAAUGCAUGAGCCGCAGGAGCUGCAUGGGUAAAGCAGCAGUCUAUACAGGUACAGAACGGUGUUACUAGCCAGUGUUCUGAAUCACUUAGCAGCCCACUGCUCAACCUCUAGUGUCCCCGGAUUCUGAGGUGUCUGCUGUCGCUACCACUGUGCACCUGAAUUAUGAACACAUCUGAAAAUUCACAACCAGGAAAAUCCAUUCUAUUUU